CGCGUGGAUUGUGUAUGAUGGCUACAGCGGUGUCUGUGGCUGUAGAACGCAAAAAAAUGCAAAAAGGUUCACUGAAAGAAAAGGUGCUUCAAGUGUAUGAUAAGUUGUUCCAAGGACAAGACAUAACACAGGGCAGAGCGGAAUUUUGGGACGAUUUUUUUCUACUGAAACCAAAUCUUAAAUGCUUGUCUGCACACUUCGAGAAAACAACUAUUGAAGAUCUGAUCAGGCUUAAGCCUCAGCUCAACAGACUGUUUAUACAGUGCCUCCAAACAGCUCAGUAUGAUGGACAUCGUAUCCGUAUCGCCAACGCUAUUCAGACAUUGGAUUGUUUACUGAGUGGCGUUCACAAAUGCAGAUCACCAAAUGUAAAUGAGGAACUAAGUGCAAUACUUUUAGGACCAGAGCAUGUCAAAGAUUUUAUGGAGAACUAUAUUUCUCUGUGCGUCGCACUAGUUCGGGAAGAUACAGCAGAAUUACUUCGUAGUCUUAUAUUCAACUCAAUGCUGACAUUUGCUUCAGUUACUUCAUCCUUGAACAAAAAUCCAUUUGUUCCUAUCCUGUUAGAUGAUCGUAUUUAUGACUUAAUAAUGAAUACAUUGAUCAAUCCUCAAUUAAGAUAUUAUCAUGGUGUUACUGCAUGCAGAUUUCUUGGUCUACUAUUACAAUAUAAAGAACCUGAUUCACUGAAUUCAUUUCAAGCAUUAGUUCAUCAGACAGAAGAUGAACUUUUGUUAAAUAGUAUACUAUCUACAGUUGCUCUUGCAUUAUCUGAAUUUAAUUUAAAAUUCGGACAACAUCGUGACAAUUCCGGUGGUAUUCUAUCUUCUUUUUCAUCUUUUUUCACUACUCUGGUCUCUGGUGAUGUUGCGUCAAUUAUCAGUUUAAGACCAUGUGAUUCACUUUUACUAUGUCUUUAUGAAUUAGCUAGAAGUAGUCAUCAUUUUGCUAUACUACUCUCUUAUUCCAAUGGUCAUUAUACAAAUAAUUCAAGAGAUUUAGAAAGUGUCAUUGUCCCAGAUCCUAUAUUAGAUUAUAGAAUUUUAAAAGCUAUCAGUACUGAAUCUAUGGUUGGUUAUUUGGAUCCAAAUUUAAUUUCACCUGGUAAAGCUGUUCCUGUAUCUGCUACAACUACAACUACUUCUACUGGUGCUACUACGGCUACGACUACUACUACUAUUACAACUACGAACAAUAAUCAGAAUGGUGGUAGUAGUAGUAGUACUGAUAGUCGAUCUUCCAGUCCUCAAAGUUCAUCAUCUUUAAAUCAUUCAAAUAAAAGUAUCAAUAAUUAUCGAUUGAACACGAGGUUAUCAUUUAAUAAUGGACAAUUGAAUAAUAAUAAUAAUAAUAAUAAUAACAAUAAUAAUAAUAAUAGUAAUUUCAAUUUGGACAUGGAUUCAUUGUAUACACCAUCAUUGGAACCAAGAAAUUUGCUGGCUGAUUUGCUAGAAUAUUGUUCUGUUGUAAUGCAAGAUGUUAAAACUCCGGAAUCACUAAACAGUUGUCAUCUUUGUUUAAUUAUUCUUUGCUGUAUUACUCAGAAUCAAUUGGCUUGUUCCUUGUUGUAUGAUAUGCAAACCAGUUUUAAAGUUAGGAUACAUAAAUCUCGUACACGUAAAUCUGAUCCGAAAAACUACAAUACAUUUACAAGUCGUCCAAUUGCUAUGGUUAUUUUAGACUUAAUGAUAGAAUUCGCUCAUGGACAUUUGAUGAAGAAACUUCCGCAUCGUUUAUACAGACUUUGUUUAAUAAUAUGUCAAAAUUUAUUAUGCUAUCAGAAAGCGCAUAAAAUUCGUUUGGAAUUCGAUUGGAAAUCAUUAUGGACAGUUAUUUUAAGUUUACUCAAAUUUGUCCUCAAUUUAGAUUUGACUAAUUUACAAUUGAUUGAUGCUUUGAAAUUAAUGGAAAAGUCAUUGCAAAUAUUCAAUUUUUUUAUUCUUCAUGGUGAUAAAUUUCUUCAAUCACUUGAUAUUUAUGAUAAUUUAUACUACGAAUUAAUACGUAUGCAUUUACUUGUCGAAAAUCUUUAUGAAUAUUCUCUUCAACAUUCAACUAGUACUACCAUAGAAAUUAAAGAUGCUGCUUCUGGUGUUGUACUUCAAUUGAGCACUCUACGAUCAAUUGUGAAUCAUUUCAAUGCUAAAAUUGCUUCAUUCUCAACAUUAAAUAAUGUGACUUCGCUUACGGAGAAUCAAGUUUUAGAUAUUGUUCGAGAGAAUUAUGAUUCAUUGACUUUACGAUUUUUAGAAAAUUUAGAUCAAAUCGAAGAGUAUGAGAUUGACAAAGAAGAUUCAAUAAUGUUUCAUACUAUUAUUGAAUCAAUCACUAAACAAAUACGUAAAGACUGUUUUGAUUCAAGUUUAGAUAUACAAAAUCAAUUGCAUGAAUUAUCAUCGAUAUCUUAAAGCAAAACUAUCAAUAUCGCUGGUGGUGAUGAUGAAGUUGCGGGGGAGAAAGUGAAUGAAAUUUCUAGUUGUUGCUUUUUUUUAAAAAAAAACAAUUUCUUGUCGUCUUUCAUAACAUCUUUUUUGCUAUUAUGAUAUCUUUUAUUUAGUAAAAAAGAAAUCGUGAAUAAACAGUAAUUAGUUGUACAUUUUUCUUUAGAUCAAUAAUUUUUUUUGAUAAUUUUCUAACAAUAUUUAUAAUAAAUAAUGUGAUAGUUUUACAUAUUCAUUUCUUAUUUUAAUUCAUGGUUUGUUCGUUUGUUUGUUUGUUUAUACUUUUUUUUUAAAAAAAAUUUAAAUUCCCUAAAAUAUUGUCAUUAAAUUUUGUAGUACUUCUUUUUUUCACAUAAAAACACUUGAUUGAGAUUUCUGUACACAUUGUCACCAAGCAUGCAAUAAUUUUCAAAGUAUACACAUGUAUUGUUAUUAUCAUGUCUUGAUGUGAAUUCAUCUUUUUUACACACUGUGACUAUUUUAAAGUAUCUUAAUAAGUCAUCAACUGGAUAUUUAUUAACUGGUUCUCUUUUUUCCAUAAAAUUGUUUACUUCGAAAAAAUGCCACGUUGAGUGCUUAAUUUAUUUUUACUAUCUCUUUACACUACUGGUUAUUAUAGCAAGUAGUAUAGUUUUAUUGUACAUGUUCAGUUGAUGCUCAGCUGUAAACUAUAUUUCUAAUAAAUUAUUUUUCAGUGCAGCUUGGUAAUUCAGUUUGAAAACAGCACUACCAACUUAAUGUUCGCUGACACACUUUGGGCUAUAUGCUAAAUAUCAUUUUCGUCGAUUUUGGA